CUCAUCCUCAUAUCAGAAUAACACGAUAUCAAGAGACAUAAGAGAAGAAGCCGAGCAAGGUGAGAGAAUGAAGAAGAUCAGCUCAGGAACUCCUCCUCCUCCAAGAUCAGAAGACGAGAGGCCGAAGGAACAAGAACAGGCGGAAGAGAACGUCCUUUCCAGGAACAAGAAGGAUAAUCAUGGCCUGGCCGCAGGGACGGCAAAGAACCACGAUGGUAUGACUAAGCUGGAGAGGAAGACGACGGAGGACAUAAACGAAAGCGCGGAAGCAUUCAUCCAGAAGUUCAGGCAACAGUUGAUGAUCCAAAGGCUCGAGUCCAUUGAGAACUAUGAGCAAAUGCUGGCGAGAGGGCUCUGACACUUAUAUUUCCAUGCGUGAGCAUGUGUGUGUAUACCCGUCUGGACAAUUAUUCAAUUUGUUCUGUAAAUUU